AUGUUCUGCGCUCAAGCAGUCCUUUCAGAAACUGACGAAGAUACCACAGUCACCAGCACCAGUCGUACUGCAUCUUCCUCGUUGGACAAGGCAGACUCACCGCUUGCAGGUCUUCUCGACAUCCGACGUGCAUUGGAUAACCGUGACCUCGGUCUCAACAAGAUUUUGAAUCACAUUAUACCUUCCCCAGACGCUGCCGGGCAUACUUUGGACACCAUCUCUAGCAUACUACCACCUUUCACUCGUGGCGUAAUAGCACGGGGCCUCAAUAUCAAUCAUCGUCAAGUUGAUGCAUCGACUCAUCCUCAUUCCCCUUUCGACGACAUAAUGCUUCAUUUGAAAUCAUUUUCCGAUACGAUCACCGACGCUCUGGAAUCCAUCAUCAACGAUGCGAAAGUUACGACCCAUGAUGCAAUUGUUGCCAUUCACGAAAAUUUAUUCAAGACCAAGUCGCGUUCCUGUCGAAAGAAGUUCAAGAAGUUAUUCAAAGCUUUAAGAAGUUCUCUGCCGAACAUCCGUGGAUUGUAA